AUGGGUGAUAAAACCUCACUGACAAUUCAUGGAGUCACGGAUACGCUGAAAGAAGAUGAUAAGAAAUACUCCGACGCUCUUAAAAUCACCGGUGAAGUUUUCGCAGAAGUCGAAGCGAUUUUCAACGAUGAAAACUACGCGAGUCGUACCGGAUGGUUUAAAGAUGAAUCAAAUGACGACGGGGACAUUGUCUAUGCAAAAGAUACUCGUCACGGACGAAUGGUCACAAUCACGACAGAACUUCCAAUGCCAGCAGAUUUUGUGAUUAAAGAGACGUGGGAGGGGAUGGAAACUCUGCCGGAAUGGAAUCAGAACAUCAAUUUUGCCGGAAUAAUCGCUUCGCCAACACCACAAUUCGAUAUUGUGACGUACGGCAACAAUGACGUUUUGGUGGUGAGCGGUCGCGAGUUUGUGUCGGCGAGAAUUUGGAGAAAAGUUGAUGAUGGUUAUAUUCUGGCCUCCAGAAGUGUCACUGUUCCAUCGUUUAAAUCAAAGCAUAAGGGAAAAGUUCGUGCCCAUCUCCAUCUUGCUGGAGCCCGAUUCCGUCCGAACCCAGCUAACCCUGAGACCACUUUGACUGAUGUCGUGAUGCUUGCCGAUUUGAAAGGAUUUCUGCCGAAAAUGAUUGUGAAUCAAGUGAUCGGACGAGUCAUGCUCAUGGAUACUGUCACAAAUCGUCGUCAUUUCCAUGAUUUGAAAGCGAAACGGGAUGAGAAGAACGCUUGA